UAGUUUUUCUCUCUCUUUAAUUUCUCUCAAUUCAUCAAAAAAACAGUCUCACCAUCACUUCUAACUCUCACACAUUCAGUGUAUUGCUUAAGUCGCAUCAUCAUCUAUCUAACUUUGAAAUACUCCUACUUCUUCUUUUCUCUAAAAAAUCCGAAGUAAUCGAGCUCUAUCCAUUAUUUCACUAUAUUGUUUUCUCGAAGAUUUGCUUCAAAUUGUAGAAACAAAGAGGGUAAAUUGAAAUUGCUUUUCGCCUUGUUGAGUAAGGUUUUCUUUUCGCUUUUACUUGAUUUAAUUUGAGUUUGAAUUUGAAUGUGUUCCACUUCCUCAUAUAUAACAAUUUUGAGUGAUUGUGACUAUCUGGGUUGAGUUAGACAAGCAAAAGAAAUAUCUUAUGCAAUCAUUGAUGACCAGUCUGUCUAUCUAGUAUUCAGUACUAGCUAGAACUAUUAAAAUUAAAAUAGAUGAAGCAUCGUUGCAAGGCGAUUUUUGUAACAGCUUUUCUCUUAGCUAACUGUCAGACAAGGAUGUAAAAGCUCCAUCCUUACAAUUUGGGGUUUUAAAAGCACUAGUCAGUGGAGUUAGUAAUUGGAUCGUCGCGAUUACAGGUUGGAAAUUGGAAUUAUCAAUAAUAUUUUACUCUCAUAAAUUCUAGCAUUUUAUGGAUUCAACAUCUAGAGUCGAACAAUCCGACCCAAACAUUGUCGGUAGCGAAGGAGGAGCAGGAGAAGGUACAUCUUCAGUAAGCGGUGCCACAGAGGGUGGACAGUCAACAACGGUGUCUGCAGCACCACCAAGUCGAUACGAGUCACAGAAACGUCGAGAUUGGAAUACUUUCUUACAGUACUUAAGGAACCACAAACCGCCGUUAACCCUAGCCCGUUGCAGCGGAGCUCACGUGAUCGAGUUCCUUAAGUACCUUGAUCAAUUUGGGAAAACAAAAGUGCACGUGACCGGGUGCCCGUAUUUCGGGCACCCGAAUCCACCAGCACCUUGUGCGUGUCCGUUGAAACAGGCUUGGGGUAGCCUUGAUGCACUAAUUGGAAGGCUAAGAGCUGCUUAUGAAGAAAAUGGGGGAAAACCUGAAUCAAAUCCAUUUGGUGCUAAAGCUGUUAGAAUUUAUUUAAGGGAAGUUAGAGAAAGUCAAGCAAAAGCUAGAGGAAUUCCUUAUGAAAAGAAGAAACGUAAACGGCCGAGUACAUCGAGUUCGGUCGCGACAGCUGGCAGUGCUAUCACGGCAGAAGGAGGAGGUAGUGGUGGUGGUGGUGAUGGCAGUGGCGGAGACGGUGUUAUUGGUCAGCAACCACCUACUGCUCCUAAUACAACAGUAUAGUACAAUACUAUUCAUUUUCAAUUUUAAGUGUAGUCAGUAAUUGUGAAUUACCUAAAUCUCAUGUGACGCGAAUUCAAAUUUAAUUCUGAUCACAUUUGUUUUUCUAAAAUAUAUUUAGUGACAGUUGAAUUAUCAUUCACGAGGGUAAGAAUAUUUCUCUA